CAUCACUUCUCCCCAUGACCAAUGUUAAAUAUUUAUUACAAAACGUUUACUUUGAAAUUUAAACCCAAAAGAAAUGCAGAUUUUGACAAAGGGUCUUGCAUGGUCGUCAACAUUGUAGUCAAGAAUCCCUCUUUCUGCAAUUUCUUUGAACCCGAAUAAUACGCGUUGAUUCUAUAAAUUCUUUGUUUUUACCUUAAUAUGCAUAUGCUUUGGUCUUUUUGUUAAUUUUGAGCAUAAAGUUCAAAUCUUUGAAUUCAAAAUUGCAGUUUUAAGGUUAUCAAGGCCAGCAUGGUUGAAAAUCUCAGGCUAUAUGCAUCUUUGUGAAAGACCAAGUCAGCUUAUGGUCUUGGAUUUAGUCAUUAAGCUAGUUGUAUUCUAGGGAUCGUGGGUUAAUAAUGGCACCUGGAGGUGGAGUUUGCCAAGAGGUGAUUGAAUCACGACCAAAAUUCAUGAAUUAUGAAAUAUCUGUGGCCAAGGCAGAUAAAAAUAGUUUUCUGGCUAAAAGUACUGCUGGUUCAGGUGAAAAACACGGCAUGACGUCAAGUAAUGGCGUGCACGACCUUCUUGAGUGUCCUGAGUGCACAAAUUUAAUGUAUCCUCCUAUUCACCAGUGUCCAAAUGGUCACACGCUAUGUGCAAACUGCAAAAGAGUUCAUAAACGUUGCCCGACUUGCCAAUUUGAACUCGGGAACAUAAGGUGUUUGGCUUUGGAGAAAGUGGCUGAGUCAUUGGAGCUUCCCUGCAGAUAUCAAAGUCUUGGAUGUCAUGAUAUAUUUCCAUACUACAGCAAGCUUAAACACGAACAACAUUGUCGAUUUCGGCCUUAUAACUGUCCAUAUGCAAGCUGUGAAUGCUCUGUAACAGGCGACAUUCCAGCGCUCGUUGCUCAUCUUAAGGAGGACCACAUGGUGGACAUGCAUGAUGGAUCCACCUUUAAUCAUCGAUAUGUCAAAUCAAAUCCACAUGAAGUCGAAAAUGCAAUGUGGAUGCUAACUGUAUUUAACUGUUUUGGAAGACAGUUCUGUUUGCACUUUGAGGCAUUUUCACUUGGUAUGGCACCAGUCUACAUGGCCUUCCUUCGUUUUAUGGGCGAGGACAAUGACGCAAAGAAGUUCAAUUACACUUUGGAAGUCAGUGCUUUUGGACGUAAACUAGUAUGGCAAGGGGUUCCACGAAGCAUACGUGAUAGUCAUAUAAAAGUUCGUGAUAGUCAAGAUGGACUCGUAAUUCCCAGGAGUUUGGCUCUCUUCUUCUCUGGUGGGGAUAGGCAAGAACUUAAGUUGAGGAUUAUAGGGCGUAUAUGGAAAGUGUAAUCUCAAAGAUGGUAUGUUCAGAUUGACACGCGUUCAUGGAUUUUACUUUGCCAAAGAAAGUACUGGUAUUCUGAUAUGCUUAAGUUUGAGCAUAUAUUGUAUCUUUUGUCAUUGCUCUCAAGGAUACUGAAACAGAUUACCUGUAUGAAACUCAAAUUUCCACUUCUGAUGUUAAAAGAUGCAUUUAUGUUGAUAUUUAUGACA